UCAAAGUAUUAUAAAUAUAGUUAGUUCUUGAAACAACUAGCAUAUAUAUGGAAAGUAAUGCAUAGAUCAUAAAAAAAAUUAAAAAAAAAUUGGAGUGCUGCAUAUAUAAGAAAUAGAAGAUGGUGGUUGAAAUGAGCGGAGUAGUUAAAGGAUGGAUUCCGGUGGUGUUGAUGGUGGUGUUUCAGACUGGCUAUGCUGGAAUGAUUAUUUUGGUCAAAAUGGCAGCCACUGAUGGCAUGAAUUUGAGAAUUUUCAGUGCCUACCGCUUUCUAUCUGCAACUAUUUUUCUUACUCCUCUUGCCUUCUUCUUUGAACAGAAAAACAGGGCCAAGCUUACAAAGAUGGUGCUCUUACAAGCUUUCCUUGCUGCAUUAUUUGGGGGACUGCUGGCCCAAAAUUUCUUUGUGGAAAGCUUGGCCUUGACAUCUGCAACUUUUUCUGCUGCUAUGACCAAUCUCAUUCCGGCUGUUACUUUCAUUAUGUCCAUCCUUUUCAGAUUAGAGAGGCUAGAAUUAAAUACAGUCUCAGGAAAAGCCAAACUUGGUGGAACCUUAAUAGGGCUAAGUGGGGCAAUGUUGAUCACAUUUUACAAAGGAAUGGAGUUCAGAUUGUGGUCUACUCAUGCUGACGUGGCGCACCCAAAUGAGACUCAUGUGGUGCAACCACAUAAGCAACAUGGCACCGGCGGUCACAUUUUGGGAUCCUUUUUGGCAUUUGCUAAUUGCAUUGCUUACUCGAUUUGGCUGAUUGCACAGGCUAAAUUGAGCAAAAAAUAUCAUAGCCAUUACUCAGGUGCAGCUUUGGUGACUUCAAUGGCAUCGGUCCAGUGUGUGGUUGCUGCUCUGGCAAUGGAGAGGAACUGGAGCGAAUGGGGAUUCGGAUGGAACAUUAAACUCUUAGCCACAGCCUAUAUGGGGAUAGUGAGUACUGCGCUAUCAUUGCCGUUGAUUCAUUGGUGUAUGAAAAUGAGAGGCCCUGUGUUUGCAUCUGCAUUUAUGCCUCUCUCGCUUGUGGUUGUAGCCAUAUUGGGCACUUUUAUACUCAAGGAAAAUCUGUUCUUAGGAAGUUUGUUAGGAGGAAUGCUGAUUGUGUGCGGAGUUUAUAUGGUUCUUUGGGGGAAAAGCAAGGAGAUGAAGCAGCAACAACAACAAUCCAAUUUGUUGGCUACCGAAGCAAAUCACUCGGUCGAAAUUAUUUCAAAGUGAUUUAUGAGUCAUUUUUAUUUCAAAGUGAUUUGAAGUAGCGCAAACAAGCCAUCCUUCUAACACUGUAGGGAAAUUGUCAAUUUUUACUUAUGUUGAAUUUGAUGUGAAGCCUUCAACAUAAGGUGGUCAAAAUAUGCCAACAAUAUUUGAUUUGUGGAUCAAAUAUGCUCGUCAUUUAUGAAAAAAUAUUGAAAUAAUACUAUUUAUUUAUGAAAAUGCUCAAA